CAGUUGGUAUAGUCCAAUGUCCUUUGCGUUGUGAAUGAGGUGCUAAAGGCCGCAGCUAGCUGUCAACAAAAGGAACCAUGGUGAACUUUGUAGCAGCUGCCCGGGAAAAAUGGAGCUACAUACUGGUGCCUUUGGGCUUCGUGAUCGGAUGGUAUUUGGACAAACAGCAGGACAGCAAACUGACCGCAUUCAGAAACAAGAGUGCAUUGUACAGACGGGAGCUGAAGCCUGGUGAGGAGGUGACCUGGAAGUAGACCAGCCAUUCCUUUGAAUGCCCUCCCCUGUAGUUUGAUUGAUGGAUUGUCCUCAAUAUUUAAAAAGACCUCUGUACAUCUGCUUUUGAGUUGUAUCAACCAAUAAUAAAAUGUCUUUUCUCAUCAAAAUGAUUUGAAAGUCAAAGAUUUUGCAAAGCACAGCACAAU